AUGGCGACACCUGGGAGAUUCAAUGCGAAUCUUCUACCUUCUGCGGAUGACUACUAUGACAACGCUAUUUAUGAGGUUGUUCUGUCGGUGGUGCAGAGUGAGAAUAUGGCCGUCCUCAAGCAACAACUUGAAACUUAUCGUCGCAAGCGCACCAAUGCCUUGAAUGCUAUCAAGGACUUACGUCAGAGAAUGGCUGAUGAGGACCUCGGGGAUGAUGAGGGCAAUGCUGAGACCCUGCAGUCUCUGAGUCAUCAAUGGCAAGAUAUGAACCUGGCCGUUAAGUCCCUGGAAGACCUCGAAGAGUAUUAUGAACAUCUCUUGGUUCUUGGCACUGAGAUAGUACGUCCGUCGAGGUUGAGGCCGCCAGAGGUUCCCUCCGAGCAGGCUCAGAGAACAUCUCCGGUAGCCCCGCCUAUAUCUCCUCUAGGCCAUCACUCUGCUCCUGAUCCGGGAGGUCAAGUUCUUGGUGAGCAAGGGGCUCGGACUGUAUUAACGGCUCCGUUCGUGACUCCAAUGAGCACUGUUGGCCACGUAUCGGCCGGUGCUACUCUUCCAAGAGCAAGCGAAAGACGACGCCCAGAUUCGAGACAGGUAUCGAAGGUGGACCUCCCCGAGCUUGUCGAAAAGUUUUCCUUACAACAUCACCUUACUGUCUGCAAGGCGAUGAUGGUCGAGGCGGAGCUGGGGGACUACGUGCAGGGUCUUUUUGAGCCCUUCCCGAAUCUUCGGUUCAGUGUGGUAAACCGCAUUUUGACAUCGCUCAAAGGUGUUGGAGAUGUCCACUCUCUUGCAACAUCAACGGCUGAGCAACAAAGUCAUAACUGGUCGGCUAUUCGACAGGUUUUGUUGUCGACCUUUGCAAAAAGGGAGACUCUAUUGAUGGAGCUGAGGGCGAUGGUAGGCUCUAUGAAGUACAGUAACAUCGAUAAGUUCUGCGCUGAGGUGCGUAAGGUCUACGCAAUGCUGGUCCGUCUAUUUGGGGCUGACAACCAGUACGAGAUUCGAGGCUUCGUGGAAGCCAUGGUAGCGAGAUUACUAGCUAGUCGAGCCUCGGCUCUUAUCUCAGAAAUUCACAAUACAGCUCAUCUACAGUCCUAUACCCCCGAUUGGCCUUUGGUACUUCCUUUCGAUGGUGUCGAAGCGUCUGUUUUGGGAGUGUUGAAUCGUUUAGAACGACAAGAAGUUGCUGCUCGAGCUUUGACAAGCAAAGGGUUGAGUGCCAGUGCGGAGGUCGCAGCUGCUGCUAUUCCACCCAGACCGGGCAAGGGAGGCUCUCUGUCUUCUAACGCUCCGACGCAGGGCACGGCGGUGCGAGAAUGGUGUGCUCGCUACCCAGCGGAUUCUCUCAUCAAGGUGUUCGAUUUAUGGGGCGAUGCAUUGAAGCAGAAGAUACCCGAUAUGCUGGACUCUUUCGCCAUGCGUGGGCGCAAGAAGCGGUUCCCGUUAUUCCGCAUAGUCGCUCUGCCGAAGGAUUGCGAUAGAGACUCCCUUGUGAAUAAGCUCAAAGAAGAAGGGGUGCGUGCUGACGUCUUUGCCCCUUUUACGUGA